AUGCAGCAUAUAAAGGAAGACUAUAAUGUUCAACUGAAUCGGAAGAUGAUUACACAAGCAAUAAAGCAAGCUAGGGAGACUGUGUUGGGCAGUGAAGGGGCUCAAUUUGGGAAGCUUAGGGACUAUCUGAAUGAGAUACACAAAAGCAAUCCCGGGAGCAUAGCACAUAUGAACACCUUACCCCAACCACAAGGGCCAAACUUGUUUCAAAGAUUGUAUAUCAGUUUUGAUGCUUGCAAAAAAGGCUUCAAGAAUGGGUGCAGGCCUCUCAUCGGUUUGGAUGGGUGUUUUCUGAAGGGUUACUAUGGAGGCCAAUUGCUUUCUGCAGUGACCCAGGAUACAAAUAAUCAUGUCUUUGUGAUCGCAUUUGGUGUAACCAGGGUUGAGAACACUGAUAAUUGGAAAUGGUUUCUGAACUGCCUUCAGGAGGAUUUCGGGUCAAGCAUGCUCUUUGGAUGGCAUUUGAUGUCUGAUCAACAGAAAGGUCUUGUUCGGGCAGUCCAAGAGGUGAUGCCAAAUGCAUUUCAUAGAAACUGUGUGCUGUAUAUGUGGAAAAACUGUGAAAAGAGGUUUAGGGACAAACAGGUUAAGGGUUGUGUUUGGGAAGCAGCUAGGAGCACAACUCCAGUUCAGUUCAAGGCUGCUAUGGAUAGGUUGAAAACUGUGAGUAAUGGAGCUUGGGAGUACAUGAGUAAGUUUGACCCUAAGGUAUGGUGUAGGGCUUUUUUCAGUCACUAUCCUAAGAACGCUGCUGUGACAAACAAUAUGUGUGAGUCUUGGAAUGCAGUGAUUGUGGAGGCUAGGGAGAAACCAAUUCUGACACUGUGUGAGGAGUUACGGGUUCAUAUUAUGAACAAAAUGGCUAGACACAAGAGGAUCCUAGGGGCAUAUAAAGGAAAGCUGGCUCCAGUACAACAAAUGAAAUUGGACAAAUGGAUUAAGCCAGAAAUUCACAAGUGGAAUGCUCAAUGGUGUGGUGACAAUGACAGGGUUGUGUUUGAGGUAUCCAGGAAUACACACAAGCUGGGGGUUAACCUGAAAAAUCAAACAUGCACAUGUAACUUAUGGCAGCUCACAGGUGUACCUUGUGUUCAUGCUGUUGCAGCCAUAUCCAGAGUGAGGGUAAAAGCAGCUGAAGACUUCGUGUCUCCAUUUCUCACUAUGGAGGCAAUAAGGAAGACAUAUGACAUCUGUAUCAACUCUGUACCCAGUGAGGAGUUUUGGGAACCAACUGACCAACUGAAGGAAGAUCCACCCAAAAUAGUGAGACCUGUUGGUAGACCAGUUAAGAGGAGAAAGGAAUCAGCUACCCCUCCAGCUCCAACUGAUGGCAGCAAGGUUAGAAGGACCUUCCAGGGUGGUACUUCUGGCCAAUCUCAGAACAAACUCAUGCAUCAGAGGCCGAACCCUACUUUAGAGGAAAUUAGGGCUAAGCUAAAGAAGCAUAAGAAAAAGAUGCCCAAGAGGCCACAUGCUCCACAAGAGGAAAUGCCAAUUUCUCAAUCUGCCCCUACAGUGAUAUAUGUUAUAGUAUACUAUGCAGUCUAA